GGGUCCGGGCUGGGCGGGCGAGGAGGCCGGAGCCACUGGCCGGCGGCGGCGGCGGAGGCGCGACUGUCGGGGCGCUCUCCCCUGAGGAGGCUGGAGCUGUCGCGCCCCUUCGUCGGAGCGCCGCCUCCGCCGGGUUCACAGCGUUUCGCGUCUCGCCCGCGCGUCCUCUCCUUCCCUCGCGCCGCAGCCAGCGUGGCCGUGGCCGCCCAGCUCUCUUCCCGGCUCCGCCCCUCCCGAGGCCACCCCGGUUCUUUUGGUUUCCUUCUCCCUCUCCUGGCUCCUAACACUUGCUGGUUCUGUAAGGGAUGGCGCAGCCAGCGGGCUUCCCAGGCCAAACAUGUUUUGAUGAGGCGGUUGAGGACUUGUCCGAGGGUGGUGGGUGGUUUGGAGGGUGAGGCGGGCGGCGCGCGGGUGUCGGGGAGCCUGAGCGUCGGAGAGGCUCCGGGGCCUCGUGGAGAGUCCUUGGAGCGGAGUAUCCCGGCGUCAGGUCCCGUUCUGUCCUGUCGCUGCCGUCCCCAGAUUCCCGUUUGCUAAUAACCUCCUGCGCGUGCUGCCCUCCCUUUUCCGCGGGUCGCGUGAAGUUGAAAGCUCUGGCCUUUUGCUCUGUUGUUUUAUUUUGGUGUCGUCACCCCCGCCCCCCCCCGCCCCAGCCAACCCCGCGCACACCUGUGAAAAGGAGUAGUACUCAAAAGGAUGGUUCGCGUUUUUUCAGAGGAGGAGCUCUGUGAUCAUGCCUUCUUCAUUCAAUGAGUUUGUCCUGUGCACAGUUCCUGGUUAACACAGAAAUGCGGAGUGUCUUGGCUGAAUCCUCACACAGACAAGAUCAUUAUGGUCCUGCAGAGACUCUGGACCUGUUAAGCAAUAGCUCGCAUUCUCCUCUCACCACAACCCCUGGUUGAAAAACUGAUACAUUAGUUAAAGGAAACAAAGUGGAAAGCCCAGAAGGAAAAGAAAAUAUUGUUCUUCAAGUUGAUCUACAUGACCAGUCUGGCUGCUGCAAAGGAAGAAUCCGCCAAAGGGAGUGAUUGCAGGCAAGCCACUGCAGGUGUGUUAGCAGCACUGCUUCUGUAACAAAAGACUCACUACAUCUUGGAAGAGAAUGGCCAUUUCCCAGGGAGCAGCCUUUUUCAUGCUGGUAGCGUCCUGUGUUUGCAGCACUGUCUUCCACAGAGAGCAGCAGACUUGGUUUGAGGGGGUCUUCCUGUCUUCCAUGUGCCCUGUCAAUGUCAGCGCCGGCACCUUGUAUGGAAUUAUGUUUGAUGCAGGGAGCACUGGAACACGAAUUCAUGUUUACACCUUUGUGCAGAAAAUACCAGGACAGCUUCCAGUUCUGGAAGGGGAAAUUUUUGAUUCUGUGAAGCCAGGACUUUCUGCUUUUGUAGAUCAACCUAAGCAGGGUGCUGAGAGUGUUCAAGAACUCUUAAAGGUGGCCAAAGACUCAAUCCCUCCAAGUCACUGGAAGAGGACGCCAGUGGUCCUGAAGGCAACAGCAGGGCUGCGCUUACUGCCAGAAGAGAAAGCUGAGGCACUGCUCUUUGAGGUAAAAGAGAUCUUCAAGAAAUCACCUUUCCUGGUACCAGAUGACAGUGUUAGCAUCAUGGAUGGAUCCUAUGAAGGCAUAUUAGCUUGGGUUACUGUGAAUUUUCUGACAGGUCAGCUGCACGGCCACAACCAGGAGACUGUGGGGACCCUGGACCUGGGAGGGGCCUCCACCCAAAUCACGUUCCUGCCUCAGUUCGAGAAAACCCUGGAACAAACCCCUGGGGGCUACCUCACUUCCUUUGAGAUGUUUAACAGCACUUAUAAGCUCUAUACACAUAGUUACUUGGGAUUUGGAUUGAAAGCUGCAAGACUAGCAACCCUGGGAGCCCUGGAGACGGAAGGAAUUGAUGGACACACUUUCCGAAGUGCCUGUCUGCCGAGAUGGUUGGAAGCAGAGUGGAUCUUUGGGGGCGUGAAAUACCAGUAUGGUGGCAAUCAAGAAGGAGAGGUGGGCUUUGAGCCCUGCUAUGCCGAAGUGCUGAGGGUGGUGCAAGGAAAGCUUCAUCAACCAGAUGAGGUCCAGAGAGGCUCCUUCUAUGCUUUCUCUUACUACUAUGACCGAGCCGUGGACACAGACAUGAUUGAUUAUGAAAAGGGGGGUGUUUUAAAAGUUGAAGAUUUUGAGAGAAAAGCAAGGGAAGUGUGUGAUAACCUGGAGAACUUCACCUCAGGCAGUCCUUUCCUGUGCAUGGAUCUCACUUACAUCACAGCCUUGUUGAAGGAUGGCUUUGGCUUUGCAAGCAGCACUGUCCUACAGCUCACGAAGAAAGUGAACAACAUCGAGACCGGCUGGGCCUUGGGGGCCACCUUUCACCUGCUGCAGUCUCUGGGCAUCUCCCACUGAGGCCACACCAUUCCUCUGAGGCCUGCAUUUGCCAACAUUUUUAAAGGGAGAACGAGAGAGGAGAGGAUUCUGUUGUGUUCUGAGCUAGUCUGGGGGCCACCUGGACUGAAGCCCAGCAGCUGGUUUCACCAAGAGGAAGGGGCUUUUGCAGACAGGUCUUGCCCUUGGGUCUAGAGAUUUGGGUUUAACUAAUUUUACACAUCAAAUGUGAACUGUUUCCUAACCACUCUUCAUGCACAGCUGGUACCAGAAUCUAAAUCUUUGAGGUUCCUUGUGUAUCAGAGAGCCAAAAGUCACAGCUUUGGAACUUAACGUUGGGGAACCCAGGGAUGGAACCAUGGCAACCAAAGAAAAAUCUCAUUUCAGCCCUUUUAGUGCCUCAUCUCUUUGAACAUUUUCAUUAUCCUCUUAGAUGUUAAACUGAUGACAGGCCCAUGACCUAUUGACACCGGUAUUUUUCCUACACUUUGCCCUGCCCCACCUUUACUUCCACUCCCCUGCCCUUAAAGAAAAAGGUUUUGCUUUCCAUGUGUAAUUCAAAGAGAAAAACGCCAUAUCUGAAAUUACACGAUCCCACUUUGUGUUAGCGCCAACCCAGCCAGCUGAGAGCAGCCAUUCUAAAUCUCUGGAGAGCAACUCCUCAUUGGCCAGAAGGGGGACAUCCAGUUAAGGGGACAGGUUUUGGGAGGGUGUGGCUGCCUUGUACAGACCACCUUCUUUUAAUCAAAUUUUUAUCAGUCAACCCUUGGAUUAAUGGACAUAUCCAGUCUUAUAUAAGGAGUAUGUGUUUUCAGUGCAAAUACCUCCUCCUAGGCUCGUGUUUAUAUUGUCAUCCUAAACUUGUUUUCUUUGUAUUUUCUAAUACAUCUAUACCCUGACUUCUGGUAAGAGGCCUGUGGGUGUGCUUUCCAAGGAUCUAGAUUUUGGUAAUAGCCCCUUUCAGCUUGCCCUUUUAUUCUCUUUAUAGCAGUGUCUCUUUCUGCCCUGCCCCCUGAUCAUUUUAGCUAGCAUCCUCUACAUAGUUGUCUAGUCCCAGGGUUUCUGAUACCCUUCUUGGUGAUACCUAACAUUUGACUUAGUUGGCCAUCUUGGCCCACACCAUAUAGUGGAUGCUCACUUUGAAUAUUCAGCAUUCAAUUUUGUGAAUUAUUUCCCCUAAAGUCCAUUAUCUUGUUCUCCCCCACAUGACCAUCAUUUGCUUGUCUACCCACUUGAUUGUUCUUGGACUUGGAAGAUCUUCCUGUAGUCUGGCUCUUUACCUCCAGCUUCCUUCCAGCAGAAUUUUACCUCCACACACUUGUAGCUUCCACAGUAGACUCAGCUUUUUCACAUAUACUCAGCCCUCACAUCAGUUCCCAUUGAACCUUAUUUUUAAUAGUAUUCCACUGAGUCAAGAAAUAUUUAACAUCUGAUUUGUGUAAAUAACUAGGCAAAUUUCUAUUUACUUAUUCCCCCCCCCCAAAUUUUUCAAUUCUAUGUGGCAUUUUUUUCAUUCUUCACACUAAUGUUUAAUUAUACUGAGGUCAACUUUAUACCUAUUCUCUUCCUCCAAAAAUGCUAAAACAGAAUGAAAUAAUAGAAUCUUUAGAGUUGGAAAUAGCUGAAAAAUGUAAUCCAGCCUUUACCCAUUGCAGUCCCUUAAUGCUUCUAACUUGUUGUCACCCAGUUUCUGUUUAGGCAUGUUUCCAGACAACUCAUUCCACUUUGGGACUGCACUGAUGUUAAAAAAAAAAUCUCUCCUCCAGUCUUACUUCUGCUCUAAUCUCUCCUUCCACAGUCUUUUGGUGUUUUGAAGAAAACAUCUCCUAAAUCCCUUACAUUCUCUUUAACAUACCACUUGACCUCUGGACCUUCCCAUCUUUGUCCAAAGAGAAGGCCGUUAGAACCAGUCUUCAUACACUAAACGUUCUUCAAGAUUAGGGACAGGGAAUCCCCUGGUGGUCCAGUGGUUAGGACUCCAUGCUCUCACUGCCGAGGGCCCAGGUUCAGUUCCUGGUUCCAGAACUGAAAUCCCAUAAACUUCACUGGGGGAGACCAUUUCCCAUUAGAAACCAAGUUUUCCCAAGAGAUAAGCUGUGUUCACUAAAGACUCCUCCAGCUUGAUGGGUAAGAUUUCCUGGUCUUUUAUCACCACAGUUUAUCUCUGAAACUUUUUUUAUAAAGGCCACAUGUUGUUCAGCUGACUCCUUUAGUCAUCCCAAAUACUUUCAGAACUCUUGGGUAGAUGCAUUAUAACUCCAGAAAUGUAGCUACAUAUUUUCUGAUAAUCUUGAUUAGAACAUCUGGAAAAUUAGCCAGUUUAUCCAUUAUAGGAGCAAUUUGGAAUGAGAAUUUUUAUUUCUUACAAAAAAGUUUGUCUAUAAUAUUCUUUCUGCCGCUAGUACACUUUUUGGGCCUCUUACUAAGAGGUCCUACAGGGUCUAAUAUUGGUGAUUAGGUUUCCUUUCUGUAAAUAUGUUAUAUAUUUCAAAUACUUAGGACAAGGCCUGGCACAUAGUGGAUGUUGUGUGUGUUUUCAUCAAAACAUCCUCUGUGGGUUAUGGAGGUCCUUUCAAGGUGUGCCUUAAAUUUCAUGUCUUGCCUGAUUUUGUUUGUGUACUUUUGUAGAGUCCAUGUUCUUUUUACCUUUCCAUUUUCUUAUGAAAGAUGACCUUUUUUCCCUACAGUGACCUUUCUGGACUUUGCCAGUAGUCACCCAGCUUUUCCCAGAGCUGCCAUCUUUCAUUCUGGGCACAUUUUUCCUGAGAUUCCAGGAAGACCUGCAACAUUCAUGUUUUAACUCUAGAUCUUACAAAUUUUCUGCAUUUACCUGAAAAGCUUCUCUGUGGUAACACAUUUCCCACUCCUUCAAAAAGCAGACUGUUAUCUUCUCCUUUCAUAUUCAACUCAGACUUCUGGGCAAGAUAUUCUUUAUGGCAUACAAAUCCAAUGGAUCCAAAAAUCUCUUUGAUAGGCAUCUUGGGUACUGUGGGCUAAGCACUUCAAAACCUUUAAAGUAAAGCAUCCCGCCCCCCGCCCAGCAGUCUGCAGUCAAACAUGAACAAAUUCUGCUGCUAAUCAGAUUCUUUUCUUUUGACCUGGUUCCUGAGGUCUUUUAAACUGUGCAAUGAAAUUAUUUAUUGUUUUAUGACAGAAUACAGUGGUGUCCCACAGAGGAGCCAUCGAUGAAAAAUGGUGCUGUGAUAAGGAAGUAAUAACUAGCAUUUUAAAAUUUGGUUUCCUUUUAAGAAAGUCUAAUAUAUCUAUAACAAAGGUUAAAGCAAUUUGUCUUAUUUUACAUUCUAGCAUUAUUAAUUUUAAAAUAGCAGUUCUAACAAAAAUGCAUCAAUUGACUUUCUAAGUCUUGUCUUUUAUCAAAAAAACAACUGUAUAAAUUUACAACCAGCAUUUUUAAAAAGUUGUAUAAAUCUUUUUCAAAAAAAUUGUUAACAAGUGAAAAUGAAUGAGAUGGCACCUUAGCAAUUUUUGUUUUAUGUAAUAAAAAUUUCUUU